UAUCUAAAAAUUUUUAUCUGUGAAAUUUAAGUAUGUUUGGUUGUGGUUUAGGUGUUCGAUAGUAGAGUUCUUGCAAAAAAAAACCUUGUAAAAAUCAAAACGAGCAAGUUCACCUGAACCGCUGGAUUUAAUGAUAUAUAUUAACAAGAGUACAUAUAUAUGAGAUUAAAAUGAUGAAAUUGGUCGAUCAAGUUGUGAGGAGCUUUAAAGUAGCAAAGGUUUUUCGAGAAAAUACAGACAAAAUUAACAGUAUAGACUUUUCUCCUAGUGGCGAAACGCUAAUAUCUUGCAGUGAAGAUGAUCAAAUUGUAAUUUAUGAUUGCGAGAAAGGGACACAAAUGAUAACUGUGAACAGUAAAAAAUACGGCGUCGAUCUAAUUCACUUCACACAUGCCAAGAACACCGCGAUUCAUAGCUCAACGAAAGUUGAUGAUACAAUAAGGUAUUUGUCUUUACAUGACAACAAAUACAUAAGAUAUUUUCCUGGUCAUACGAAAAAAGUAGUGACAUUAUGCUUAUCACCGGUGGAAGACACCUUUCUAUCAGGGUCACUUGACAAAACACUGAGGUUAUGGGAUCUUCGUUCCCCAAAUUGUCAGGGCUUGAUGCACUUGUCCGGAAGACCUGUAGCAGCUUAUGAUCCUGAAGGCCUUAUAUUCGCAGCGGGAGUUAAUUCUGAGAGCAUCAAAUUGUAUGAUUUGCGAUCAUUUGAUAAAGGGCCUUUUGUCACAUUUAAAUUAAACCAAGAAAAGGAAUGUGAUUGGACUGGACUUAAAUUUUCCCGAGAUGGCAAAACAAUGCUGAUAAGUACAAAUGGAUCCAUAAUAAGAUUAGUAGAUGCAUACCAUGGCACACCUCUUCAGACCUUCACAGGCCAUUUAAACAACAAAGGUAUUCCUAUAGAGGCAUCGUUUAGUCCAGACUCACAGUAUAUCUUCAGUGGAUCGACAGAUGGCAGAGUACAUGUAUGGAAUGCAGACACCGGUUACAAAGUCUGUGUACUGAAUGGAGAUCACCCAGCACCCAUCCAGUGUGUACAAUUCAAUCCAAAAUUUAUGAUGUUAGCGUCGGCUUGUACCAAUAUGGCGUUUUGGUUACCUACAAUAGAUGAUGUUUAAUAAGCUUUUAAAUUGUAAAACUGUGCUAAGAAAACUAUCUAUCAUGUAUCCUAAGAAAAUGAAAAUAACAGAUUUGAAGUACUUAGUACCGACUCAUGUAAGUGUAGUUUACUGGUAAAAUGUUUCUAAUUUGUACCCCAUGUGAACAAAUUUAUUUGAAAAAAGAAAACAAUAAAUCUAACAAUUGGCAUUGGUACAUACAAAUGUCAGAUGUUCAUACUAAUACUAAAUUUUUAAUAAAAUAUUUAUUUCUCACUGGGUUAAUAUGAAAUGUUUUCUUUUAAGUUUCACAUCAGGUACUACAAACCAGUGGGCAUUGUUUCAUUCUAGCUCAUCAACUUUUUUAGAAUGUUGGUAACCUUGAAAUUGAAUAAUCCUGUUACUGUAAUAAUAUUUUCAUGCUAGUUAUAAUUCUGGGACAACUAUGAAAAAGUUUGCAAUGUGUCGGCUGAAAAAAGAAAGAAAGUAGUUGAUGCUGAAAACAUAUGUGACACCAAAAAUAUUUACUCUGCACAGUAUUCUAUUAAUUUAGAAAUAAAAUUGUGUUUACAUUUUGGUAAGUCUCUACAGCCGCCACUGCUAAUCACUAUUGGACACUUAUCCAUCAUUUACAAGUGGUGAGUUAAAAUUGUAGCUCUUUUACUAUAUUUCAGUAUAUUUAAAUAUGUUUAGCAUAUAUAUAAAAGCAAUGACAUUUUUUUCUUUUAUGUAAUAAUUAACAAUUUUUACAUUCCAAUAAGGAUUAUUAGCUUAAUGAGUGUGAAAAUUUAAAUUUCUCAUUGAUAAAUUCUUAAUAUUUAGUAGACAACCAUAAUUAUUAUAAAUAAAUAUUAUGGCUCAUCUCACUUUUAUCUGGUUGGUAUGAUGCAGUAUAUUAAUAUUGGAAUACUAUAAGGUUGCUUAUAACUAAGCAUUUACAUAGUUUUUCAUUCCAUGUAUACAUUUCAGUGUAUUCCAAAUAGGUAAGAUCUAAAUUAACAGUGUAAUUUUGUGUGUAGAUGUACAAAUACCGAAAUGUCUUGCAACUUUUUUAAUCAUAAGUAGACACAACUAAAA